AUGGCUUCAAACGAUAUGACAAAUUCGGGAAUGAGGUCGAAUAUGACUUUGAUAAAUAACGGAAAUGAUAAAGAACAAAUUAUGAAAUGUCUUUGGGAAAGUUGUUAUUUUCCGAUGGGAGUAGUUGGGGGAAAUGGAGAAGAGAUAGAGAAAGAGGAUGUGUUUGUGGUGCAGCUUGGACAAGAGCGUGAGGGAGCAAUCCUUCUUGUAUCAGUAAGUACUGUACAUUCAUGUUGA